CAAUUGGAUGUUCUACAAUUGACAUCGAAUGGGACCAAUGAAUUACUUACAUCGCAUCAAUCGGUCCUUAUGACCAACGACAAGGCAAGAUUCCGGCAUAUUGUGUUUAUGUCCCGCCUUCAAAUGGUCUAUUUUCCUUUUCGGGAGAGGGGUCUCCGGGUGACUGAAUUUCUUGUAGCUAGAAUUUUUUCUUUUUGAAAAACCUGUAUAAUAUGGCUUCCCUUGGGUCGGUUAUCCCUGCUUUCACAUUAUCGUUUCUCAUAUUUUGUGGAGCGGUAGUCGCGAAAGGGGAUGUGCUCGAGCUUGGGGACGCGGAUUUCGAUUACCUGGCAGCGGAGCAUGAGACCAUGCUAGUAAAAUUCUACGCUCCGUGGUGCGGACACUGUAAGAAACUAGCCCCAGAUUUUGAGGCAGCAGCCACUCGACUAAAGGGGACUGUGCCACUUGCUAAGGUGGACUGUACUGUGAGCACGGAGAUAUGUGGGCGGUUCGGGGUCACGGGGUACCCCACGCUUAAGAUCUUCAGAAACGGACAAGACUCCUCGUCCUAUGAUGGGCCACGCUCAGCAGAUGGCAUUGUAAACUAUAUGAAGAAGCAGGCCGGACCCAACUCCGUUACCCUGCACAGCGAGGCAGACCUUGAGUCUUUCAUCGACCACUUUGAUGCGAGUGUAGUAGGUUUCUUCUCUGGGCCUGACAGCGGUCAGCUGGCUGAGUUUCUGAAGUCUGCUAGCGCUAUGAGGGAACACUUUCGCUUCGCCCACACCACCCACAUGGCCCUGGGUCUUGAACACGGGUUGGACACUGAGGGGGUGCUGCUGGUCAGGCCACCUAGACUGAACAGUAAGUUUGAAGAGAGUGUGUUGCGCUUCACUGACGCCAUCACCACAAACACACUGCGGCGCUUUAUCAGAGACAACAUUUUUGGAAUGUGCCCCCAUCUGACCAUUGAGAACAGAGAUAAACUGAAGGGGCGGGACUUGUUGACUGCGUAUUACGAUUUGGAUUAUCUGCGAAACCCCAAAGGGUCCAACUACUGGAGGAACAGGGUGAUGAAGGUGGGUUCUCAAUUUGCGUCCCAGGGACUGAGCUUUGCUGUGGCCAAUCGCAAGGACUUUUUGGAUGAGCUGGAGGAGGAGUUUGGUCUGGGUGCGUCGGACGGAGGAGAUGUUCCCUUUGUAACCAUCAGGACACGGCAGGGCUUCAAGUACACGAUGAGGGAGGAGUUUACGCGUGAUGGGAAGUCACUGGAGAGAUUCCUGCAGGAUUACUUUGCUGGCCGACUAAAACGUUACAUCAAGUCAGAGCCCAUCCCUGAGAAAAACAAGGGUCCUGUCAAGGUAGUUGUUGCGGAAUCAUUUGAGGAGAUUGUAAAUGACCCAGAGAAAGAUGUACUGAUUGAGUUCUAUGCCCCCUGGUGUGGUCACUGUAAAAGCCUGGAGCCCAAGUACAAGGAGUUGGCAGAACAGCUCUACUCUGACCCUAACAUUGUCAUUGCCAAAAUGGACGCCACAGCCAAUGAUGUUCCACAAGGCUUUGAUGUGCAAGGGUUUCCCACAAUCUACUUCUCUCGGGCAGGCAAGAAGGACCAGCCCUUACGAUAUGAGGGAGCCCGUGAAGUGAAGGACUUCAUCAAGUUCUUGAAGAGAGAAGCCUCACACGUCCCUGUUAUUAGCGGAGUCAGAGAAGAACUGUGAAUAGGGACAGAAGUAAGAUGGUGUGAUUGGAAAUGUAGCUUGAGACACCUGGAAUUACGGUUGUUGACGUCUCUGUUCCUGAAGAGUCAUAACCUCUGCUGAACCUUUUUGUUUCUGAUGAAAUAAUAAUCAGAAAACUAAUGCACCUGCUUUUUUGAAUUUCUUUUUUAUGAAUCAACAGUGAAAUCCAAGUCACAUGAUUGACUUUCCAGGAACAGAGAAACUUGUUACUGAUCAGGAAGAGAAAAAAACUUUUUUUAAGAGGGAAAAAAAAAGAGGACUGCCAUCCUCUAAAAUCAAGUGACCUUGAUGACAGAUGACAAGGAAGAUUUUGUUGGCAUACGUCUGCACACUACCUUCACACUUUACGUUCAUUAAGAACAUAAUUCAAAAUCAACAAUGCCUAUCAAUGUUUUGAUCCAGGUUUGUUGUGCAUUGUAUAACAUGAGCUUAUUAGACACAACCCAAUGAAACCAAUAAUACCUGUUUGUUUUUAGACCUAUACAUCUUCCUCACUCUCAUAAACCAUACCCUCCAUUCCACCAAUAUAAUGGCAGAUUUUUGCAGUGUCACUUCAUAAAGCAAGGUAUUGGUCAGCAAACUUUGCUUGCUGUAGUUUUGUAUGUAUUGUCGGGAUAAUGACUGGGUGUGAUAAUAUACACUUGCCCGACUCUAAGCUUUAUACAGAAAUGCAUAACAUCCUAACCCAUUAUUCUGUUUUUGCCCAUUCAAAUGUGAACUUAAUCAUGUUGAAAAUAAUGUAAAGGUAAUUUAAAGAUUGGAGGCAAAUGUCUUUAAAAAACAUUGUGUUGAGCACUCCUAUUUGGAAAUAUUCAGGUUUCUAUCAUUAUGCCAUUUUGUUUAUAUUUUUUUAAUACUUCUGAAAGGUUUUUUCACCUGUGUAACUUAUUGGUCUUAUUUAAUGUGUGCUACGUUUAAUAUCUAUUCAAUAUAGUAUGGACACAAGUAAGAAACAUAAUUUGUACAUAAUAUAAACGUUAUGGGUAUUUUAAUUGUCUGAUCAGGCAGAUUAUUAUUUAUUGAUGUACAUUUUAUUUGUUGCAAGUGGCACUGACAGGAACCAUCCUUAUAAGCUCCUUAUCUUGCAUCUGCUAAUAAAUGGAGAGAUGAUUGUGACGUUUUCACAGUUAAAAUAUGCUGAUACAAUUUCAUG